AAUCUCUCUCUCUCUCUCUCUCUCACACACACACACACACACACACUCACACUAUUUACUCCUUCUCGCAAAUUCCAACAGAGGCUCUCUCUGUUGCCUUAUAAAUUUGGGAUCUUCCAACCCCCUUUAUUGCCUCAGAUUCCAACCUAGCUAGACUUACCAACAAAACACUUCCAUCACCACUCUUCACUCUUCAGAGAGAGAGAGAGAGAGAGAGAGAGAGAGAGAGAUGGAUGUGGAAAAUAGAGCACAGGAUAAUUACAAAGCAGGAGAAACCAUUUCUGGAGAAGAUCAGAUCACUGUUGAUUGGAGGGGCAGACCCUCCAAUCCCAGCAAGCAUGGGGGAAUGAGAGCUGCUGCUUUUGUUCUUGGGCUUCAAGCAUUUGAGAUAAUGGGCAUAGCAGCAGUCGGGAACAACCUUAUAACAUAUGUGAUAAAUGAGAUGCACUUCUCCCUGUCAAAGUCGGCCAACAUAGUGACCAACUUUAUAGGCACUGUCUUCAUCCUUGCACUCCUUGGAGGCUAUCUCUCUGAUUCCUAUCUUGGCUCCUUCUGGACCAUGCUCAUCUUUGGCUUUGUUGAACUUUCAGGUUUCAUACUACUAUCAGUGCAAGCCCAUCUUCCCCAGCUAAAGCCACCCCAGUGCAACAUGGCAACAAAUGGAGAGCACUGUUUGGAAGCAAAAGGAUUCAAGGCCUUAAUCUUCUUUGUGGCACUUUACUUGGUGGCCCUGGGGAGUGGCUGCGUAAAACCCAACAUGAUUUCUCAUGGUGCUGAUCAGUUCAACAAAGCUGAGCCCAAGCAAUCCAAGAAGCUCUCCACCUACUUCAAUGCUGCCUACUUUGCCUUCUCCAUGGGUGAACUUGUUGCCCUAACUGUUCUAGUUUGGAUCCAAACCCAUUCGGGUAUGGAUGUCGGGUUCGGACUCUCGGCAGCUGCCAUGGCAAUGGGACUCAUUAGUUUGGUUUGUGGUACAGUGGUUUAUAGGAACAAGCCUCCUCAAGGAAGCAUCUUCGCCCCUAUAGCUCAAGUUCUUGUGGCUGCAUUUGUAAAGAGAAAGCAAGUGUGUCCAUCUAACCCACAUAUGCUCCAUGGCAGCCAAAGCAAGGUGCCGAACAACCACCUCGCUGUUUCCUCCGAUGGUGGCUUUGUUCUUCAUCACACCGAAAGAUUCAGGUUUUUGGACAAGGCCUGUAUCAAAAUCCAACAUGGGACAAACACAAAGGAGAGUCCAUGGAGGCUGUGCACUGUGACUCAAGUGGAGCAAGUGAAGAUACUAAUUUCAGUGAUUCCAAUUUUUGCUUGCACCAUUGUCUUCAACACCAUUUUGGCACAGCUCCAAACAUUCUCAGUCCAACAAGGAAGUGCCAUGAACACCCAACUCACGAAAUCCUUCCAUAUCCCCCCGGCGUCGCUCCAAUCCAUCCCUUAUAUCAUGCUCAUCUUCAUCGUCCCUCUCUACGACACAUUCGUCGUGCCAUUUGCCCGGAAGAUCACUGGCCAUGACUCCGGGAUCACCCCAUUGCAGCGAAUAGGCUUUGGUCUAUUUGUCGCGACAUUUUCUAUGGUUUCCGCGGCCCUAAUGGAGAACAAAAGGAGGAAUUCAUCUGUGAAUGAGAACAAGACACUGUCCAUAUUUUGGAUCACCCCACAGUUCUUGAUAUUUGGCCUAUCAGAGAUGUUUACAGCAGUUGGCUUAAUUGAGUUCUUUUACAAACAGUCUUUAAAGGGAAUGCAAGCAUUUUUAACAGCCCUCACCUACUGUUCAUACUCAUUUGGCUUCUACUUGAGCUCUCUACUGGUCUCCCUGGUCAAUAAGAUCACCUCUAGCUCAUCCAAUGGUGGUUGGCUGAGUGAGAAUAAUCUCAACAAAGACAGGCUGGAUCUUUUCUACUGGCUACUAGCAGCUCUAAGCUUUGCCAACUUCCUUAACUACCUGUUUUGGGCUAGAUGGUAUUCUAAUAAUCUGCCUGUAUCAGCAACCAUGCAGAAUAUUCAGUCUAUCGGUGAAGACUUCAACCAUGAAAAUCCAAGUUAUACUAAACACAGUGGAGAUGACAAUGCUGCUUGAUUAAUGGAUUUGACUAUGUCCCAAUGCAGAUGAAUGUCUCUUUAAUAUAUACAAGUCUUGUAUUGCAAAUAGAGAAAUAUAUAUAGUAGCAUGCUCCUUAUAGGCUGCCAAUAUUUGUACAAGGAUAAGGUAUAUCCAAAAAUGGCACCUUUUCUAAGUUGAGAAUGCAUUGCAUUUUCUAUUACCUAA